AUGUCUAUAAACUUCAAUUUUACGGGGAAAGUAGUGCUGAUCACAGGCUCGAGUUCAGGUACCGGUGCUCAGACUGCCGUAGAGUUUGCCAGAGCCGGUGCACAUGUUGUGGUUACCGGUAGGCAAGCGGCGAAAGUGUCAGAAGUGGCCAAAGAGUGUCUUAAAGUAUCGCCAAAUCAGUCGAAACCACUGGAAGUGAUCGCAGAUGUGACUAAACCCCAGGACUUACGUAAACUCGUGGACACAACUAUCGGUCAUUUUGGGAAACUGGAUGUUUUGGUCAAUAAUGCCGGCGCCGGUGUUGGCGAUAAUAUUGCGGAUAAGGAUUUCUACGAGAAAUACCUGAAAGUAAUGCAAAUAAAUCUCAAUUCUGUGGUCUAUUUGACACAUCUAUGUGUCGAGCAUUUGGCGAAGACUAAGGGAAAUGUAGUCAACAUUUCGAGUGUAGGCGCUAUGCGAGCGGUUCAGGGUCUAGCAAGUUUAAGUAUGGCUAAAUGUGCAGUCGAUAUGUUUAGUACAUGUAUGGCAGCCGAGUUGGGUGCAAAAGGUAUCAGGGUUAAUGUUGUUAAUCCGGGUCCAAUUCGCACGGGAUUGUUAACAGCCAUGGGCACACCUGAAGUUAUAGCCACACAGUUAUGGGACGCCUACGGAAAGGUAUUGCCUGUGGGUAGAGCUGGUAUGCCGCAAGAUAUGGCUAAUGCUAUACUUUUCCUGGCAAGUGACCAUGCUGCUUUUAUUACUGGUGCUAAUUUGAUCGUGGAUGGUGGUAUACUAGCUGCUAAUGCUUACUAG